AUGAAUCAGCAACCGGCGGCUCAAAAUCCGAUGGAUUACACUUCUACGUCAGAGAGUAAACAAGAGAAGUUUAUCCAGGAGGACCUUGUCUGCUCCAGGAACAAUUGCGAUUUCUCCAAAACAUGCUUGUGCUCGUGGUGUUGCGCGCCUUGUCUUUUCCAGCGCAACUUCAAUCGUUACGAAUAUAUUUACGAGGGAAAGCGCGACAAAGAUCUUAACUCGAAGUGCGGCUGGUGCUGCACACUCCAAGUCCUAUCUUUCGGAUGGGCACAUGCCGUGCUACCCGCUUUUCUGCGUCGAAAUAUCCGCACUGCUCGGAAUAUUGACGGUACCCCUCUGGGCGAUUAUUGCUCGUCUGCCUUCUGCUUGCCAUGCUCACUCAUUCAGGAGACGCACGAAUUAGAUGCUGCACUCAAGCAGAAUGGUAUUGAGCCCUAA